AUGUAUAUCGCCGUACGUGGCCGUAUACGGUCGUUUACGACCUCAACUAACUCUUCAGGGUCAACAACGUCUGAGCCAUUAUCAUCUUUGUCCACGGCAACAUUGAUUACAGAUUUGUCUGAUUCUUUCACAGUAGCUACAAAAGCCCAGUAUGUCGAUUCAUACAUUCCUCGCUUAUAUUCAUCGAUUCAAGGAAUGUCUCGACCAACAACUGGCAAACAAGCAUCCUCCCCCGUAUUGAAAUUAGAUAUUGACAAAGAGACAGCUAAUACAAGUAAAAAAGCAACAUUUUGCAGUAAAAUUUCUCUCCCAUAUAAAAUAAUCGGUGUCAUCGCACUACUCUUGAUCUUAUGUGCUGCCGUCAUUCCAUCAGUCAUUCUAUUGACACGUAAAAACUCGUCAACAGCGAAUAGUACUAGUGCCUCGGUCUGUAGUGUUACAACUUGUAUCAAGUCAAUAACAUCAUUUCAUGAGAAUUCAGUUGCUUAUUGGCCAUUUGAUAGCACAACGACUGAUCGUAAUUCAUUAUACACUGGUCUACCAUUCAACUCACCAACCUAUUCAGGCGGUCUAACAAUUUCUGGUCAAUGCAUCCAGUUUGAUAGUAGCGGUACUGAAUAUGUCAGCAUGCCAUUCAUCGAUCUCACUUACAAGAGUUUCACAAUUCAAGCUUGGAUUUAUCCACGAAGUAUCACCGGUGAGCAGGGAAUAUUUGGAGAGUGUGCAUCCACAUUACUAUCUGACCAAUGUCUUUCACUAAACAUAAAAAAUGGACAUUUACAUAUGAGUUUAAAUCUCGAUAAUGAAUUAUUUGGUUCUUCUGUACUAACUACAUCAAACUGGUAUCACGUUACUUUUGUCUACGAUUACUCUCUCCUUCAACAAUUUAUUUAUUAUAAUGGCGUUCUCGACGCAUCAUCAGCUUCACUCGGCGUUUCCGGUCCCUAUGUCGGAAGCACGGGUGGCUUUACGGUUGGCUACGCCAACUAUUCAAACACCUACUAUUACGGUUCGGUAGACAAUCUGAUUAUUAGUAAUUACGCAAAUUCGAGUUGUCAAAUUUUGAAUGAUGCAACCCUUUCUGGUUACUAUUCAUUCGACUCGACAACUCAGCCUUAUCUUGACUAUGGCAUAAAUUUUAUUAAUGCUUUUACUUCUUCACAAACCACAAGUGUAACCGGUCGAGUAAAUCAAGCACUUUUGUUCAAUUCAAGUAGUGCCUAUUUUAUAGCCCAAGUCUUCAGCAUACAUAAUUCAAAUCCACCAUUUACAGUCGCGUUUUGGAUGAGUCUAACAAGUAUCACUAGUGGAACAAUAAUACACGUAUCUCAAUUAUCAACUGGUGCUACUGCAGUUUGUUUUGAUCUGCUCGUUCUAACUUCGAGCGGAACUCUUGCUGCACAAACAUAUUACAACUAG